AUGGCUUCGCCGACGGCAGCGUGGACACGGCCGAGGGAGAUUUCCGCCCCGUUGCCUCGGCAAGCACAGCCUAGCGGCGAAGUCGGGGGUACCUUCUCGACCCUCACCAGGGACAAAUGGAUCGGCCUGGGGCUGGCCAUUAGUAGCAGCUUGGCAAUCGGGACGAGCUUCAUCAUUACGAAAAAGGGCCUGAUGGACGCGGCGGAGCGAACGAAUGGGCUGGCCUCGGACGGACAUUCUUACCUCCAGAACCCAAUCUGGUGGGCGGGCAUGUCGACGAUGAUCGUGGGCGAAGUAGCCAACUUUGCCGCCUACACUUUUGCACCUCCCAUUCUCGUUACACCCCUGGGCGCGUUGUCUGUCUUGAUUGGCGCGGUACUCGCUUCUUUCAUCCUCAAGGAAGAGCUGGGCAGGCUGGGUCGGGUCGGAUGCACGCUGUGCCUCGUCGGUACCGUCAUCAUCAUCAUGAAUGCGCCCGAGGACAAGGAGAUCCGGACCGUCGACGAGAUCCUCAAUUACGCCCUUCAGCCCGGCUUCCUCUUCUACUGCCUCUUUGUCACCGGCUUUGCUAUUUUCAUGAUCUGGCGCAUGGUGCCAAAGUAUGGCAAGCGGACGCCCCUCGUCUACAUCAGCAUCUGCUCACUCGUUGGCUCUAUUUCCGUCAUGAGUGUUAAGGGCUUCGGUGUAGCCCUCAAGCUGACUUUGGACGGCAACAACCAAUUCAGCCAUCCGUCAACGUACUGCUUCGCCAUUGUCGUCAUUGUAUGCAUCCUCGUUCAGAUGAAUUACUUCAACAAGGCCCUCGAUCAGUUCAGCACCAACAUUGUCAACCCAAUCUACUACGUCAUGUUCACCACUUCGACCAUCUUUGCCUCCUUUUUGCUCUUCCGAGGCUUCAACACGGCAGGCACUGCGCCUGCCGUUUCGCUAUUGGGCGGAUUCGUUGUCAUCUUCAUGGGCGUCUACCUCCUUAACCUCAACCGACUCAUCGACCCCAUCACCCAGCAGCCACGGGUCUCGCUCAUGACGGGCGAAGGUGUGGCUGGCACUGGCCGGCUGAGCGAAGCGCACGACCGCUUCCUCCCCGGCCGACCCAGCACCUCUGCAGGGUACCCUCCUUCGCGCCGAGGGAGCGGCUAUGGUCAUGCCGCCUUUUCUCCAGCGCCGCAGCAGCACCAUCGGCGCGAUUCGGGCAACAGCAUCCUGUUCAAUGCACACCACAUGGAAGAGGCCGUCGGGCUGACGCAGCUCAACGAGACGUCAGAGGACGAAGAGGAAGGUGAAGGGGACGGCAUGAGCCCCAUCGUGCGGCAAAACUCGAUGAACCGAAAGACGAGAGAGGAAAAGCUCAAGAGAGCCGCUGAACAGCAGCAUCAACAGCAACAGCAGCAUUCGAGAGCUUCGAGCUUGAAUAAUUCUGUGGGUCAGAACCGGGGGGGCCGAGGACCAGGAUUGGGCAUUCAGGCGCAGAGUCCGCUCCUCAGAGGCGACAAUGUCGAUGAGGAAGACGACGAGGAUGAAGGCAGGCAGAGAUAUUCGCGGGCAACGCAGGACGGUGCUACAAGUCGACGUUGA